AUUUAAAGGUGCGUGAAACUAUAUUUCGCCUAAAAUUUAAAUAUGUAUGCUAAAUAUUUAGAUUUAAAUACAAUAUAAUGCAUUGUGACAUUAUGUUCGUGACAAUUAACUUUAUCCUUUAUAAUAACAUGUUUUAUAUAGGGCUAGCAUUUGCUGAUCUAGUACUGAUCUAUUUAUCCAUCUCGCAUAAAUGGUACAAGGGAACCACCCAAAAAUCCAAUAGACCCAUCUCCAAAAAUCGGUGUGUGUGCUCCAUCUGCUGGUUAUAAAUAUGUUUGUUACCCUAUCUCCCAUCAUGCAUCUGUUCCAAUGCUUAAACCUUUACCCGCCUUCAACUACACUGAAUGAAGAAUGUUUAAGGAAUUUACUUUUUCUUAAAUUAAGUGACACUAUUUGGCGCUGUUUAUUCAGUGGGAUGACUCUUUAAAUAGUAAACUGACAUCCAUUGUAGUUAUAAUGUUAGUUAGUUAUCGAGUGAAAACGUAUACGUUGCUAUAGCUACAGUGUAGCGUUGCGAUGCGUUUCGUUUAUCAUCGUGUAUUUAAACCGUGCUUUCAUAAUGUUAUCUUAAAGUGACCAAAAGAAACUGCAGAUAUGUCCGUAAUAAGUUUACAGGUGGGUCAGUGUGGGAAUCAGAUAGGACAAGAGCUGUUCAGUGUUAUAAAUGAUGACUGUAAUGGAGCAAACAGGAAGAAGUACAGCGAGUGCAGUAACGAGAGAUUCUUCUAUGAGAGCUCUACAGGAGAACUUGUGGCCCGGUCAGUGCUUGUUGACAUGGAGCCCAAGGUUAUCUAUCAAGCAAUAGCCAAAGCAUCUAAAUCUGGAAGAUGGAGGUAUGGAGACAAAGCAUAUUUCUCCCAGAAGCAGGGCUCUGGAAACAACUGGGCUAAUGGGUUCUCCAUACACGGGCCACGUCACAAAGAGGUUGUUGAGGAUCUGGUACGGAGAGAGGUAGAGCGCUGUGACCGGCUUGCAGGAAUUUUCACCAUGAUGAGUGUUGCGGGUGGCACCGGUUCUGGUGUGGGUACCUACAUCACUCAGUGUUUGAGGGAUAUAUACCCCCAAUCUUUCAUCUUAAAUCAGCUGGUGUGGCCUUAUGGAUCUGGUGAGGUAAUUGUGCAGAACUACAACUCUGUGCUUACUCUGUCCCAUCUCUACCAGCUCUCCGAUGCUAUUCUGGUUCACGAGAACGACGCGGUGCACAAAAUCUGCAGCCGACUGAUGAACAUCAAACACAUCUCAAUUAAUGACGUUAAUAAGGUGAUCGCUCACCAGCUAGGCAGCGUACUUCAGCCCGCGUAUACUGCUGAUUCAUCCGGCCAUUACUGCAGAAACCCAAUAGGGGAAUUGGUGAGCUCCGUCGUGUGUCACCCUGAAUACAAACUGCUAAGCCUGUGUAACAUUCCUCAGAUGUCAAGCAGCUCUUUGGCCUAUAGUGUAUUUACCUGGCCUGGCCUGCUGAAACAUUUACGUCAAAUGCUCAUCGCCAGUGCAAGGAUGGAGGAAGGAAUGGAUUGGACUGUAAGUGUGCCCUCAGUAGUCACAUAUGGAGGAGAGAGCGCAACAAACAGCAGACAGAAAAGUUUUAACAUGUCACUUGCAAAUCUUCUCAUACUGCGGGGAAAGGAUGUCUCCACCACACAGACAGAUGGUUUAAAGGAUCCUGCAUUAUAUGUGCCAUGGCUUAAAACGGAAACUAGUUUUAGCACAUGGAGCUCCCCUGUGCCCUUCAAUGGAUAUGAAAAAUCUGCCACUUUGGUCAGUAACAGCCAGUCACUUUUGAAACCCCUGGACAAUAUAGUCAGGAAGGCUUGGAACAUGUUCGCAUCGAGGGCUUAUGUUCACCAAUACACUAAGUACGGGAUAUCAGAGGAGGAUUUUCUCGACAGCUUCACUGCACUAGAACAGAUCAUCUCCAGCUACACACAUCUAUAAAUCAGCAGUGGCGGCCGGUGCCUACUCUUCUGAGGAGGCAAAAAAAAUAAUAAUGUGUUCGUUGGGUCAUGGGAACCUAUGUGCAUCGCGUGUCAUGUCAAAAUACGUGCCUGUUGCAUACGUGUCGAAAGGGUUCAAGAUAAAAGAGACGCUCACGUUUCGCAAGACACUUCUUUAACACAAGAAUCUGUAUGGGUCUAAAUUCUGUAAACAGGUCACAUUAAUGUCCAGUUAAAAAUAUUGAUUUGGAGUUUGCAAAAUACAACAAGAGUGACACUUAAUAAAAUAACAAAAAGGGCCUUUGUUGAGGAAGUCAAAAAAAUUGGCAGAGGGUGUUUUAAAAAUUAAAGUUUCUGAUGAAACCAAAAACUGCUAUCGCAAAAAACAUGAAAAGGCAAUUGUGUCAUGCUUUGGCAAGCAAUAGCUAUCUGUCUACGUUAGAGAUUCUCAAAGUGGGGUCAGCGGAACCCCUGGUGGUCCCCAAUUCUUACCCAGGAGGUCCAUGAAACAAUUUGUUAAAGUGUGUGUGUGUGUGU